AAACAACUGGAAUUGCCCAUCCCUGAGGGACUUUGUAAACAUCCACACUCCACGGAAAAAGGUCGGCCAGCGGCGCCAAACGUCACUCGUCAGGCACCGCAUCAUUCGGCCGCGAAUCUCGACAAGCCACAUUCAUGGCCGUCGCCUUUCUGGGUCAACCAACGCAUUCGCUCAAAACCGCCGAUUCUGCCCUCGUCAACGCCCGGCACGGAAGAGGCGUCUGAUGCUCGAAUAGACCGUCGCUUCAUCCUUCUUCUCCUUCUCCCUCUCUUUCAAAACCCCCCCUGCUGUGCCGUCUCUCCAUCAUCCACCAUGGGUAUUUCAAGGCGUCCCAAGGACAAAGCCGCCCGGAAUGCCCAGGCGGCGGGCGGCGGCAGCAGCGAGAAGCCCAAGAAGGCGACAUACGAGGUGACUAAGAAAAAGGAGAUCGGUGUGUCAGACUUGACCCUGCUCAGCAAGGUCUCCAACGAAGCCAUCAACGACAAUCUCAAGAAGCGGUUCGAGGGCGCCGAGAUCUACACAUACAUCGGCCAUGUGCUGGUCUCGGUCAAUCCCUUCCGGGACCUGGGCAUCUACACCGACCAGGUCCUCGACAGCUACAAGGGCAAGAACCGGCUGGAAAUGCCGCCGCACGUCUUUGCCAUUGCCGAGUCCGCAUACUACAACAUGAAGGCGUACAACGACAACCAGUGCGUCAUCAUUUCCGGCGAGUCGGGAGCCGGCAAGACCGAGGCCGCCAAGCGCAUCAUGCAGUACAUAGCGAGUGUGUCUGGUGAGCAGUCGGGCGACAUCAAGAAGAUCAAGGAAAUGGUGCUGGCAACCAACCCGCUGCUCGAGUCCUUUGGCAACGCCAAGACGCUGCGAAACAACAACUCGUCGCGCUUCGGCAAAUACCUCCAGCUCUACUUCAACUCCACCGGCGAGCCCGUCGGAGCCGACAUUACAAACUACCUCCUCGAGAAGACGCGAGUCGUCGGCCAGAUCACAAACGAGCGCAACUUCCACAUCUUCUACCAGUUCACGAAAGCGGCCCCGAGCCAGUACCGCGAGAUGUACGGCAUCCAAAAGCCCGAGACCUACCUCUACACCAGCCGCUCCAAGUGUUUCGACGUGGACGGCAUAGACGAUGUCGCCGAGUUCCAGGACACGCUCAAUGCCAUGAAGGUCAUCGGGCUGAGCCAGUCGGAGCAGGAUGAAAUCUUCCGCAUGUUGGCCGCCAUCCUGUGGAUCGGCAAUAUUCGAUUCCAGGAAGACCAGAGCGGAUACGCCGAGGUGGUGGACAAGUCGGUGGUGGACUUUGUGGCAUAUCUGCUGCAGUGUACGCCUGAAGAGGUCAUCAAGGGCAUUACCAUCCGUAUUCUUACGCCCCGAAAUGGAGAGGUCAUUGAGUCGCCGGCCAACCCUGCCCAGGCAAUGGCAACCCGAGACGCGCUGGCCAAGGCCAUUUACAGCAACCUGUUUGAUUGGAUCGUCGAGCGUAUCAACAUCUCUCUCAAGUCCAGGCAGGCCACCUCCAACACCAUUGGCAUUCUGGACAUUUACGGAUUCGAAAUCUUCGAGAACAACAGCUUCGAGCAGCUGUGCAUCAACUACGUCAACGAGAAGCUGCAGCAGAUCUUCAUCCAGCUCACCCUCAAGGCCGAGCAGGAGGAAUACGCGCGAGAAAAGAUCCAGUGGACGCCGAUCAAGUACUUUGACAACAAGGUUGUGUGUGACCUGAUUGAGCAGAUCCGCCCGCCCGGCAUCUUCUCUGCCAUGAAGGACGCGACCAAGACGGCUCACGCAGAUCCCGCCGCCUGCGACCGAACCUUUAUGCAGAGCAUCAACGGCAUGUCACACGCCCAUCUGAUUCCCCGACAAGGCAGCUUCAUCAUCAAGCACUACGCCGGUGAUGUCGGCUACACUGUCGACGGCAUCACGGAUAAGAACAAAGACCAGCUGUUGAAGGGAUUGUUGAACCUGUUCCAGAGCAGCGGAAACGCAUUCAUCCACACGCUGUUCCCCAACGAAGUCGAUCAGGACAACCGCAAGCAGCCGCCGUCUGCGGGAGAUCGUAUUCGCACAUCUGCAAACCUCUUGGUUGAUACGCUCAUGAAGUGCCAGCCAUCGUACAUUCGAACGAUCAAGCCCAACGAAAACAAGUCGCCAACCGAGUACAACUCGCCCAAUGUCUUGCAUCAGAUCAAGUACCUCGGUCUGCAGGAGAACGUUCGUAUCCGAAGAGCUGGUUUUGCGUACCGACAAGCCUUUGAUAAGUUUGUCGAUCGCUUCUUCUUGCUGUCGCCCGCCACUUCAUACGCCGGUGAAUACACGUGGCAAGGCUCAUACGAGGAUGCCGUCAAGCAGAUUCUCAAGGACACGAGCAUUCCCAAGGAAGAGUGGCAGAUGGGUGUGACAAAGGCCUUCAUCAAGUCGCCGGAGACGCUGUUUGCCCUGGAACACAUGAGAGACCGAUACUGGCACAACAUGGCCACUCGUAUCCAGCGCAUGUGGCGAGCCUACCUUGCCUACCGAGCCGAGUCCGCCACGAGAAUCCAGCGUUUCUGGCGAAAGAAGCGUACCGGUGCAGAGUAUCUGCAGCUGCGUGAUCAGGGUCACAAGGUUCUCCAGGGGCGAAAAGAGAGACGGCGCAUGAGUCUUCUCGGCUCGCGAAGGUUCUUGGGAGAUUAUCUCGGUAUCAACGCCAUGAACGGACCGGGUGCUCCUCUGCGGCAGGCAGCCAACCUUGGCUCAAAUGAGCGCGGCAUCUUCUCCUGCCGUGGCGAGAUUCUCGAAGCCAAGUUUGGUCGUUCCAGCAAGCCGAGCCCUCGCAUCAUCAUCGUGACCAACUCCAAAUUCUACAUCAUCGCCCAGCUGCUCAUCAACGGCCAGCCACAGAUCCAGGUGGAAAAGGCCAUCCCUCUGGGUUCCAUCAAGUUCAUUGGUGCUUCCACAGCCCAAGAUGACUGGUUCUCAUUGGGAAUCGGAUCUCCUCAGGAAGCCGACCCGCUCAUGAACUGCGUUUUCAAGACGGAAAUGUUUACGCAGAUGCAGCGUGCCAUGCCGGGAGGUUUCAAUUUAAAGAUUGGCGAGACCAUUGAAUACGCAAAGAAGCCGGGCAAGCUGCAGCAGGUCAAGGUCCUCAAGGACUCCCAGCAGCGAGCUGACUACUACAAGAGUGGUGCGAUCCACACGCAGCAGGGAGAGCCUCCCAAUUCGGUGUCAAGGCCGAUGCCCAAGGCCAAGCCCGUGCCGCCGCGACCCAUCACCAGAGGCAAGCUCAUCAAGCCCGGUGGUCCGGGAGGCAGGCCGUCUAGGAUCACCGCUACCCGCAACACUCAGCCGAGACCAACGGGUACCGGUACCAGGAGCGUUCCUCCGCCGCCCGCUGCUCUUGGUAGCAUAGUCUCGGCAUCAUCAAACGCGGGUCCCUCGGCAAGCACAAGCACGUUGAGCUCGUCGACGCACCAGAUCCCCGUCGUCGGAAAUGCCCACAAGCCGGUCAACAGCCACGCCAGAAACCCGUCAGGCAGCGCUCGAGCGCCGCCCCCUCCGCCCGCCCCUCCUGCCCCUCCUGCUGCUAAGCCCAAGAUCAUGGCCAAGGUGUUAUAUGAUUUCGCCGGCCAGAAGGAGAACGAACUGACCAUCAAGGCGGGAGAUAUUCUUGAGAUUAUCCAAAAGGAGAACAAUGGCUGGUGGCUAGCCAAGAAUGCUCAAGGACAGGCUUGGGUACCCGCAGCGUAUGUAGAAGAGCAGGCGGCGCCCGCUCCUCGAGCACCUCCAGCGCCGCCCUCGGCCAAGGCGAAGCCCGUGCCGCCGACAAAGCGGCCCGUGGCAGGUGGACGCAAGCCCGCCGACCUGGCACAGAGGGACUCUGGCAUGAGCCUCAACGGCACGGGCGGCGAUAGCCGUAGUAGCACGCCGACGCCCAGCCUGGGAGGCAGCUUGGCAGAUGCUCUCCUGGCACGCAAGAACGCCAUGAACCAAAAGAGGGACGACGAGACCGACGACUGGUAAACGCCCACGAAUGUCGAUGCUGCCCUACGAUGGCAGAAUUUGUUGUAUAGUACACAGAACGUGUGCGAGAGUCUGGGCAACCAUUGUGUGUGCGUUUUUUCUUUUCUUGGCACGGUCGUUUCCUUUCUUGACGUACCUUACUAUAGACCUCGGAAAGCGUGUGGUUGGUACUCAUUAGGUCUGAGAAAAGGGGGGAGUGGUGGAGGGAGGCACCGGACCUUGUGAAUGAGCCAUGGGGGGCCCCUGGGAAAUGCCUCUUAUAUAUC